UUAAAUUUGUAAUCUCAAAAGAUUUGGGAUUAAAUGUGUCAACUCCAUGAUCAAUAGGGCUAAAAGUGUAAUGUUGCCAAUUAUUAUGGAUAUUGGUAUGAAAGAGAGUAAAGCUGAUUUGCCUGUCUUUGGUACUGCUGCAGAUUGCAAUUCCUCCUCCUCAUUGUCAGCACAUGCAUUCCACUUUCCACUGCAAAUUCGACUUUGGACCCCAAAUUUUACCUCAUCUACAAGAAAAGAACCCCUCCCACACAUACACACACUCAUCUCCCUUAUAUUUCAUUCAUCUCUUCCAUCACAUCCUCAUACGAGUUGCUGAUCUUUGAUUAAUACAAUUACUUCAUUCAACAAAGGGUUUUGUUCUUUUGUUUCUGAUUGUUAUUAUUACAUGUUUUCUGAUUACUGUUUUUGCGUUUGUGUCAUUGUUUCCUCUGUUCCUCGCAAUAGAGUCAUGAAACGAACAUCUCCCCGAGAUUUUCCUUAGCCUUUUUACCCUUUUCAGCCUCCUUUUCGUUACUGUUUUGGCUGAGAAUAAUCAGUACAAGAAAAGAAAAGAUUAAGAGUAGGAAAUGAGAGCAGGAGGAAAUUGUGCAGUGCAGCAAGCUCUCACUGCUGAUGCCGCGGCAGUGGUUAAACAGGCGGGGGGGGCGGCCCGGCGCGCGGUGGCGCUGGCCAAGCGCCGGGGCCAUGCACAGGUGACGCCUCUUCACGUAGCCAGCACCAUGCUGGCGGCUUCCUCCGGUUUGCUUCGGGUCGCCUGCCUGCAGUCACACUCCCACCCUCUCCAGUGCAAGGCCCUUGAGCUUUGCUUCAACGUGGCGCUUAACCGGCUCCCGGCUUCCUCGUCCAGCCCCAUUUUAGGCCAUCAUUCCCAGAUUCCAUCCAUCUCGAACGCGCUUGUGGCGGCCUUCAAGCGCGCUCAAGCCCACCAACGGCGCGGCUCUAUUGAAAAUCAGCAGCAGCCGCUCUUGGCUGUGAAAAUCGAGCUCGAGCAGCUGAUAAUUUCUAUUUUGGACGAUCCUAGUGUGAGUAGAGUAAUGAGGGAAGCUGGUUUUUCAAGUACUCAAGUGAAAAGCAAUGUGGAGAAAGCUGUUUCUUUGGAGUUAUGCUCUCAGAGUUCUCCUGAUCUUUCUCCUCCUGAGAAUAAGUCCAAAGAAAACAGGCUUCUGUCUCUGCAGCCCUCCUCUCCUCCACCCACCCAAAACGAAAGAAAAACAACCAAGCCUUCUACAUCAGAAAAACCAGUCAAAAACGAUGAUGUCGGAAUCAUAAUACGAAGUCUAUUGAUGAGCAGAAAAAGAAAGAGUCUUGUGAUAGUAGGUGAGUGCAUUUCUAACAUUGAGACUAGAGUUAAAGAGUUGAUGGAUAGGGUCGACAAAGGAGGGGUUCCUGAAGAGUUGAGAGAAGUAAAAUUCAUAAGUAUCCCACCACUUUAUUCUUUCUGCAAUCUCCAAAGGGAAUUAGUUGAACAGAAGAUGGGAGAACUAACCUGUCUUGUAAAGAGUCUUGUGGGAAAAGGGGUUGUUUUGUACUUAGGAGACCUGAACUGGAUCAGUGAAUAUAGGGUUAACUUAGAACAAGAGAGAAGCUACUACUGUUCUGUGGAGCACAUGAUAAUGGAGCUCGGCAGAUUAGUUUGUGGGAUUGGAGAGGUUGGAAGGUUUUGGCUCAUGGGAAUUGCUACUUUCCAGACUUACAUGAGGUGCAGAACUGGCUACCAUUCACUUGAAACCGUCUGGGGUUUGCAUCCUGUUACCAUUCCUGCCGAUAGUUUGAGCUUGAGCCUUAUUUCUCAAAGUGAAGGUAGACAUAGAAGAGAGGAAGAUGGAUCCUGUCAGCUACUGCUUACAAAUGGAGAGGUAAAGCUCACUUGCUGCGCAGAUUGUUCAUCAAAUUUCGACGACGAAGCUCGAAACUUACGAACAAAUGGUUGCAACACUAAUGAGCCCACAUUGUCAAGCCAGCUGCCUCCUUGGCUUAAGGAUGAAAGCAGAAGACUUUGUAAUCAUGAUCAGAACAGUGACGCAAUCAGACAACUCUGCAAGAAAUGGAAUUCAUACUGUUAUUCAGCACACAGACAAGUUAGACCAGUACUGGAAAGAACCCUAACAUUCUCUUCUGCAUCACCUAAUUCUUCAUCUACUUCUUGCUUUUCAUUUGACCAACAGAACCCUAAUAUACGUCAAUUCCAUUUCCCGUUGUCCGGAUCGGCAUUGAAAGAAAACCAGGGUUGGCGGGCCUCCAACUUUAUACGCACACAGGAGAAUGGAGACUUAAAACUCGCCUCGUUUUCGUCUAACCCGAAUUCUCCUUCCUCAAGCGACAUCAUGGACACGGGAACUCACACACAAAAGUUGAAAGAAUUCAACGCUCAAAACCUCAACACCCUAUGCAAUGCAUUAGAGAGAAAGGUUCCAUGGCAGAGAGAAAUCAUCCCUGAAAUUGCUGGCACGAUUCUUCAAUCCAGGUCCGGAAUGUUAAGACGAAAAGACAACCUAAGAGGGAAUGGUUACACGGAUGUCAAGGAAGAAACGUGGCUGUUCUUUCUUGGCCCUGACGCACGAGCCAAAGAGAAGAUCUCAAGAGAAUUGGCUAAAGUCGUGUUUGGCUCCUAUUCCAACUUGGUAGCAAUCGGGAUAAGCAGCUUCGUACCAUCCACAAGGUCGGAUAAUUCGUCGGAGGAUUGCCGGAACAAAAGAGGGAGAGAUGAAGAGAGCUGCAGCAGCUACAUCGAGAGAUUGGCCCAAGAAGUGUCGGCCAAUCCGCACCGUGUGUUCUUGGUGGAAGAUUUGGAGCAAGCGGAUUACCGGUCGCAAAUGGGCGUGAAAAGGGCAAUUGAGAGAGGAAGAAUAAGAUGUGGAAAUGGUGAUCAAGAAGUUAGUUUUUGUGACGCCAUUGUUGUUUUGAGCUGUGAGAGAUUUAGGUCCUGCAGGUCCAGGGCCAGUUCUCCUACAUCUAAGCAGAAAACGGGAGAUGAUCAAGAAGAGACGGGGCAUUGUGUUCCGUUGGAUUUGAAUAUUUGCUUCGAUGAUGACGAUGUUGAGAAACAGUCCGACGUUGAUGAGUUAGGGAUUCUUGAAAAUGUUGAUAGGUGUGUAGUCUUCAAAAUUCAGGACUCGUAGAGUUGUAAUUAUCUUUCU